AUGACCUCGGUGCGAGCCUCAAGUCUGUUUCAGAUCUGCGCCUCACCUGCCUCCGAGAAGACUUGGGCUUCUCUUCUCGGCACAGCCUUCGAGAUCGGAAGCGGGCGCGAUUCGCCUAGUGUCUCAAGCCUGCAGGAAGCUGAAAGGGCCGAAACGAGGCUUUCUUGCGAUCUGAAAGAACAUCGAUAUCUCAGGGCUGCUCGCGGCCUGCGAGAAGGGGAGGAUGUGUGCAAGAGUCCUCUCUAUCAGCCCAACAUGACCCUGGCAUGUGGUCCAGAACUUGCAAGUACCAAUCUCUCUCUUUUCCUUGUCAUCCACCAUCAUUACCUUUCUCCUAGUUUGCGCCCUCCGGAGUCCGCACUAAGCCUACCUGCGUCCCUAUCGCGUAACCUCCGUCACCUCCCAUCGCGAAACCACAUCGAAGAACAUCACACCUACUCCCCAUCUCCCAACCUACCAGGCCCAGCAACUCUCCUCACACCAUCCAUCCUGAAUCUGCCUCCCAGCAUGUCCGCCUCCCCCUUCGCCAACUUCGCGUGGCAGCGCGAGCUCUCCCCCGCAUUCGGAUUCGAUAGCGACGAGGACAGUAACGACAGUCUCGGACUGGGCGAGACGGCCGCCACGUACAACACCAGUCGCGUGGAUCAGCAGGCGGAGAAGGAGCUGGUUUCCGCGUUUUCGGAUGACUCGUCGGAUGAUGAUGACGGGGAAGGGUCUGGGGAUGGAGAAAGUGUGGGGGGAGACGAAGAUGGUGCCGAUGACAAUAAGGACAACGAUAAAGAGGACGGAGGGGAGAAGGAGGAUGGCGCGGACGAUGACGCCGAGGAUAAGGCGUCUGAGGACAAGGAGGACAAGCCAGCGGAAAAUGAGGGAGGUGAGGAGGAAGAUGGCGAGAGCGAUGAUGAAGAAGCGGACAAGGAGAGCACCGAAAGCAAGGAAGACGAAGAUGAGGAGGAAGCUGGCUCUGGCGAUGAGGAAGAGGAGUCCGAGGAUGGGCAAGGUGAUGGAGGCGCGGCAGAUGACGGGUCAGAGGAGGUGGAGAUCAGCAUUGCGGCCGACGGGGAUAGUAGCCCUGUUGAUGAUGAGUUCCCGCAUGACGUGGACGAGAAGGACGAGUUUGAUCUCACCGUCAAUGCCUAA